GGCGGGACACAGGGGAUGCCGGGGGCUGCAAGGCCACCCCCCAGGUGAGGGACAAGAGGACAGCGGGACCACUCGGGGUGGGGGAAGAUGGGACACCAAGAGUUGUGUACCCCCAUCCCAUCCCUUUUUCCUUGGGCGUCCUCGGAGCACCCUCUGAGAGGUCCCUGGGGCAGGGGACAGAGUUGAGGUGCAGCUCUAGAGGGCUGUGUCCCAUCCCAGAUUUGGGGGCUGUGGGGAUGCCCCAUAAGUGGCCCUAUCCCCUCAAUCCCACCUGAGCUUCCAUUCCCAGGAGAUUUCAGGGAAACCAGGGGGGUUCCUUUCCAGUGUGGCUUCGGCCACCCCAAACCAGGAUGGAGCUGCAUGGGGAGGGGGGACCCCCAUUAAUGCACCCCUCGAUGGCCCCGGGCCGGGGGAUCUCGGGGUGCUGCCCCGGGGCUGCCGGGAUCCCGUCAGCCCCGGCACAAAGAGGAAUGCGAUGAGCACAUGGUUCCCAUUAACCCCGGAGAAUUUUUUUUCUUUUUUUAGGCUGCUUUUUUCUUUUCUUUCUUUCUUUUUUUUUUUACGAUCUUUUCUUUUUCCCCCAGUUUUCCGCAGCUCUGCUGGGCAGGAGGAAAGCGGCGGCUGCGGCGGAGGCUGAAGUCAUCGGCAGGAAUAUCUCGAAGCUUUUCGCCCACCUCGGGGAGUCUGUCUGCCCCUCAAAGAAUGUGCUGACCCCUGUGAGUGGGAUUUUGGGGGAGCAGAGCUGCAUGAGACCGGGAACUCAUCACACAGAAUCAACCCCUGAUCUGGCCCUUCCACGGCUUCAGCGAUGUUGCCAGGGAAAGCAGAGAAAAGAAUUGCUUCAUCCAUCUUCAUCACCCUCGUGCCACCACGGAGGGACGUGGCCACCAAGGAGAAAACGCAACGGGAGCUGCAGCCAGGUGGUGCCGAGGUCCCUGGCACCCAUCAGCCCCAGAUCCUGCUGUCACCCCCCACGCUGCCCAACGGAGAAACCCACCCGGUGGCCCCUGUACCUGCAUCCCCACCAGUCCUGCCCCUCUCUGAAGUGCCCCAGCCCUUGUCUGUGGAGCCGCUGGGUCUGGCACUGCAGCAACUGGACCUUGCAGCACCUUCCACUCUCCAGGCCCCUUCCACCUUCCCUGCUGAAUUGAAGCCACCCACAUUUUCCCAGGAGCAAGCAGGCAAGCGGCAGUGGCAGGAUGUGAAUAGUGACCCGGAGAGGGACAGCUCCAGAGACAUCUGUGCCUUCUGCCACAAAGCGCUGGGGCCCCGGGAGCCGACGGUGGAGGCGAUGCGGAAGCAGUACCACCCUGCCUGCUUCACCUGCCGCACGUGCCGCCGACUCCUGGCUGGGCAGCGCUACUUCCAGAGAGACGGGUGCCCCACGUGUGACACCUGCUUCCAGGCCACGCUGGAGAAAUGUGCCAAGUGCCAGGGGCUGAUCACGGAGCACAUUGUCCGUGCUCUGGGCAAGGGCUACCACCCCAGCUGCUUCUCCUGCGCUGCCUGUGGCCGGGCCAUUGGCACGGAGAGCUUCGCCGUGGACGAGCAGGGUGACGUGUACUGCGUGCCCGACUACUACAGGAAAUACGCUGCGGUGUGCAGCGCCUGCGAGCGCCCCAUUGUCCCCCAUGAGGACGAGGACACCUACAAGAUCGAGUGCCUGGGACGCAGCUUCCACGAGAGCUGCUACCGCUGCGAGAUCUGCAGGAUGCCCCUGUCGCCGGAGCUGACAGAGAACGGGUGCUACCCUCUGGACAAUCACCUCCUCUGCAAGUCCUGCCACAUCCACUGGCGCAACGAGUCAUCCUGCUGAGACCCUGCACCUCAUCAACCCUUCCAGUGCCAGGCAACAAAAAGGGGGUGCCCACAGUGGGAUGCGCCCCAUGGCUGACCCUGGGUGCCUGCUGCACCCCCAAAUUACUGCAGAACUGGGUUUUCAUCACCAAAAUGUCCCCAGGACCCUGACCUGGCGGCCUGGGGGGUGAAAAAUUGUGGAUAUGUCCCAGCACAGCUCUGUGCUCAUAAUGAAUAUAAAAUGCCCUGAAAGAGCAGCAAUGAGGAGUGGAGGUUUUAUUCCUUAUUUCUUUUUUUAAACUCCUUUUUCCAAAGGCCAGUUUGGUUUUCUUGGGUGGUAUUUCUUCUCGAGCUUCCUUGGGGUUUCACUGAAAUGUUUCUCUCUGUGGAGAGCGGGCACUGAUUUAGUUAAUCUCAGUAAAAUAAAACCCCGAGUUUAAAAACUCUCAUUCCUUUCAUCCACCCUGCAUUCCAAACCUAUCAACUCCAAGUUUAAAAAUAAGGGAAAAAAGCCGGUUUUGGAUUUUCUAGACGUGGUGAGAGUUGAUCCACAACUCAGGUCCAUAAAAGUUGAUUUUAGAGUGUAGCAAUGUGGUAGAUGCUGCUGUCACCCGGAGAAGAGCCGAGUGUUGUUUUUUGGGGUGUAUAUGGGAUCUGGCGAUGUUUCAUGGAGUUGAUGAAAGGAGUUUUGGUGUGGUUUGGGUUUGUUUUUUGCUGACUAUCUAUCCCGGAGCCGGCAGAGGGCAGCCGGAGCACAGAUUCCUCCAUCAGGCAGCAAAGCUUCAACUAAAAGCAUCCCGCAGGGCCGGGACGCUGGGAAAGACGGACAGCCCGCUUUCUGCAUAUUAUCCGAGAUUAUAGCACUCUGCCUGUGGAAGCUUUUUGAUCUCCUCUCAGUCCAGGCCUCAAACCAGCAGAAAUUAGACCAUUUCUCUGCGUGCCCAACAUCUGCACAACCGAUGUUGCCAGUGCUUAGUGGUUUUUUUUGCGAGGGCGUUGCAAACCAGGCGGAGAAACUUUUUAACUUUCUUUUUAACUGAAAGUGUUUAAAAAACCACAAAUCAAGAGCAGAAAAUAGCAAGAGCGUGUGAGAUGAUGUUUAAUGCUUUCCUGAUGGAAAAUGGGAGCUGUAAACAAAGAAAACAACCACCAGACUAGCAGCUCCUAGAUCACAUACAACAUCUCCAGCGUGUGCUGUGUUUAUGAGUGAAGGGGUUAAUGAUGGUUAAUUAAUCACAUCAAUAGCUAUUUCCUGGUGACUCUUCCCUGUCUACAAACCUGAUUACUCAGUGUUUGUUAAUGAGCAUCUCUGGGCCAUCAAUCAGGUCACAACUUGCUUUAAAGGUAUUUAUAAAUAAGUUGUGGUCUGUCCCAGUCACGUAAGUUGGUGGCUUUGGGUCCAGUUGGGUGGGAACUCCUUGUUCCAUGCCAAGGAAUUCCUGUGCUCCAAGUCAGCUCUCACUUUCCAAACCUUCUUGCACUGUGAGGAAAAUCUGGCAUCAAAAUAAUGCUAAAAAAGUAAAAGGAUGUGGCAGUGGCCAAAGGGAGCAGAAAAAAAGAAGGCUCAGAGGGCAAAGGGCUGCUUGUUUUUUGUAAUAUGGAUAUUUUUCCACUCAAGGUUUUUGGGGAGGAUGGAAGUGCAAUGCUGAGUGUUUUGGAUGUGUUAUUGCAAGUUGCACUACCCUUCCACAGGGGAAUGGUGGGAAGGAGCUGGGUAUUUCCCCUUUGGAGCCUUCCAGGAUGGGCUGUUGGCACUGGGACUGCAGAAUUUUUGGCUGCAGACAGGCAGGGAAAUGCUUUUAUUUACAGGCAGCCUUGGAGAAGGUCCUGGAAAGCAAGGAGAAAGGAAAGGCACCACUGGAGAGUUUGGCAGCAUGGUGAAGGGAUGUGGUGUGGUCAGUUUUGAUGCGGUAUUUCAGGAGUGGAGGGUGACAAGGAACAGGGAUACAUGGACACAGGGGUUGAAGCCGCCAUCUCCCGGUCUCUUCACGGCAUGGAAAAUCCCCAAAAGUACUUAACGAAAAAAAAAAAAACCAACAUAAAAAAAAAGUCCCAAAUGCACGAGGAUUGAUUUAUCAUCGGAGCCAGAGUGGUAUGGGAAGAAGCCAUCGCUGCUUGCCUGCUCCCCACGACAUCUCGCCCGCCAUUCACUUAAUUAAAAUCAUAUAUUGGUGUGAUCAGACGCGGUAAUAUCAUUAAAAAGAAAACAAAAAAAAACCCAAAUCCCGUAACAUC